CUUCAACCGACCCCACCGACCUCCAAGCAGCGCAAUGGCGACCGAAUCUUCCUCCGAGUUCAGUUGGCCGCCUCUUGAAAGCAACCCUGAAGUCUUCACCGAGUACCUAUAUCAAUUGGGCUUGCCAUCCGACUGGUUUGUUGGCGAAAUGUUCGGGCUGGACGAUGAUUCCCAUGGCUUUGUCCCUCGCCCAGUCGUCGCUGUAAUCGUUACGUUCGAGUCGCUGAAGAAAGACACGGCGGAAACUCCGGCAGUGGCGAAGGCAGAUUUCUUCAUGAAGCAGUCUCCCAAAUUGGACUACGCCUGUGGUGUGAUUGCCUGCAUUCACUCAGUUUUGAACAACUUGGGCUCGAUCACGCUAGUGGAAAACUCGAUUCUUGAAAAGUACCACCGCACGACCAAGACUCAGUCGCCAGCGGAUCGAGCGACCACCUUGGAGAACAUGACGGAGUUCCAAGAAGUCCAUACGUCGUAUGCGUCGUUGGGUCAAUCCACCGUGCCGUCGACUGAAGAGGAUGUGAAGCAUCACUUCGUCACGUUUGUUCAGAAUGCCCAAGGGCAACUGCUGGAGCUGGACGGGUUGAAGAAGGGGCCUAUUGUGGUCAACCCCUCGAGCACAGACAUUCUCAAGGACACGGCGGCGGUGUUGCAGGCACGGAUAGAAGAGGGGUACUACAGCGAGAGCCUUGCUGUACUCACACUUGCCAAGGUCGCGGAUUAGGUGCAGUAGAGUACUCACAAUUGUAGAGAUAAGUCGUGCUUAUCCAUUCAUCACGGGAUGUAUCUCUCGUCUUCGCGA